CGAGUAAAUUUAAUAUUGUCAGCGAUGUUAGAUUAGUGUACGUAUUUUAGUUUAAAUAGAAAAGAUGUUGUACGUUCUUUUCUUCAUUUUUUUCGCUUCUCUGUCUGCAACAGAUAUACAUCCUAGAAUUAUAGGAGGAACGACUACCACGAUAACUGCACAUCCAUAUCAAGUAUCCAUCAUUUAUAAAAAUAAACUUCUCUGUGGAGGUUCGAUAAUAAGUAAAUUAUGGAUACUAACCGCUGCACAUUGCAUUGAUAGUAUAACAGCCCAAGCACUUUCCGUUCGUGUUGGAAGUACUUAUUUUACUAAAGAUGGUACACUCAUCCAGAAUAUAGCUCAACUUAUUCCACACAAUCUUUAUGACGAUCAUACUUUCGAUUAUGACGUUGGCUUGAUAAAGUUAGCAUCAGAGCUGAAGUUCAGUUCGACAGUGAAUAUAGUGAAAUUACCUUCGGUGAACGCAAACGUGCCAGGUGGAAUCAAUGCUAUCAUCACGGGAUGGGGAAAGACGGGAACGACGGAUACAUCUAACACGUUGCAAGCUCUGACAGUACCUACCAUCGAUCAACAAAAAUGCACCGAAAUCUUUCGUAAGAGCCCGUAUCAAAUCACGCAGCGAAUGAUGUGUGCCGGUUAUCUCUCCGGUGAUAAGGACGCCUGUCAGAGUGAUUCCGGCGGGCCUCUCGUGUAUAAUGGCGAACAGAUAGGUAUCAUAUCCUGGGGUUUAAAGUGUGCAACCAAGGGUUAUCCUGGAGUAUAUACAAAAACGUCUACCAUACGUGCUUGGAUAACAACUAUGACAAAGAUAUAAAAAAAAAAUUUAUUUUUCUCUUGAAUCAAAAUUGAUAAUGCCAAAAUACUAAUUAGAUAAAAUACUAUUCUGAAAAAUGGUAUUUUCUAGUCUCUUGGAUUUUCCUUUUGAUAAAUUUAUUAUCCGAUAUUGAAAUAGAAAAAUAAAAACUAUAAUUGCAGUUUUGAA